ACCCGGAAGCUGCAGCGCGGGCUGCGCUCGCCUCUCCGCUGGGACUGUGGGCUCCGCGCGGAGUCUGUGGGCCAGCCGCGUCCUCUGUCCGUCCGAAUCCAUGGGUCUCCAUGGCGACGGCAGGGGUGGGGGGCGGGCAGCCGGAGCAGGGCUGCGGCGCUCCGGGGGCCUCGGCGGCGGCGUCACGGUGUUCGCCGCUGUAGCCUCAGUGUUCACCCUCACGCUGCCCGCCUCGGUGCCGGGGGGAGACUCGGGGGAACUGAUCACAGCCGCACAUGAGCUUGGAGUUGCCCAUCCUCCUGGCUAUCCUUUGUUCACACUGGUGGCUAAACUAGCAAUUACACUCUUUCCUUUUGGUUCAGUUGCCUACCGAGUCAAUCUUCUCUGUGGCUUAUUUGGAGCAGUAGCUGCAUCAUUACUUUUUUUCACCGUUUUCAGGCUUUCUGGCUCAUAUGCUGGAGGAAUCCUUGCUGCGGGGGUGUUUUCAUUUUCUCGUCUAACAUGGCAGUGGUCCAUCACAGCAGAGGUUUUUAGCUUAAACAAUCUGUUUGUGGGGCUGCUUAUGGCUCUUACUGUACAUUUUGAGGAGGCAGCAACUGCAAAGGAGAGAUCAAAGAUAGCUAAAAUCGGUGCUUUCUGCUGUGGCCUUAGCUUAUGUAAUCAGCACACAAUAGUCCUCUAUGUUUUAUGCAUAAUACCUUGGAUUCUCUUUCGACUUUUAAAAGAGAAGGAGCUAUCACUGGGCUUUUUGUUGAAUUUGAGUCUGUGUUUCUCUGCUGGUUUGCUGCCCUAUAUCUACCUUCCCAUCUCAUCCUACCUCAAUCAUGCCCGCUGGACCUGGGGAGACCAGACAACACUGCGAGGAUUUCUGACACAUUUUCUCAGGGAAGAAUAUGGAACAUUCAGCCUGGCCAAAUCUGAAAUAGGAUCCAGUAUGUCUGAAAUACUGGUUUCACAAGUAAUAAAUAUGAGGACCGAACUAUCGUACAACAUUCAAGCCCUUGCAGUUUGGGCAAAUAUAUGUCUAGCAAGAAAGGAGAGACAGAAUUCACCAUUAGUGUGGCUUUUUACUGGAAUGUUUUGCAUUUAUUCAUUGUUCUUCGCUUGGAGGGCAAAUUUAGAUAUUUCAAAACCACUGUUCAUGGGUGUGGUGGAACGAUUUUGGAUGCAAAGCAAUGCAGUGGUAGCCGUCCUCGCUGGCAUCGGUUUGGCUUCACUUGUGUCUAAGACUAACCAAGUGCUGAAUAGCAACGGGCUUCAGUGUCUGGAAUGGCUUUCAGCAACUCUUUUUGUAGUUUUCCAAAUAUAUUCUAAUUAUAGCAUUUGUGACCAAAGGACCAACACUGUGAUCGAUAAAUUUGCAAAGAACCUUCUAGAUUCUAUGCCACAUGAUGCAAUUAUCUUACUUAGAGGAGAUUUGCCAGGCAAUUCUCUCCGUUAUAUGCAUUACUGCGAAGGAUUGAGGCCAGAUAUUUCAUUAGUGGAUCAGGAAAUGAUGACUUAUGAGUGGUAUUUACCGAAAAUGGCAAAGCAUUUACCAGGUGUUCAUUUUCCUGGGAACCGGUGGAAUCCUGUGGAAGGAAUAUUACCCAGUGGAAUGGUCACAUUUAAUCUUUAUCAUUUUCUUGAAAUAAAUAAACAAAAAGAAACAUUUGUUUGCAUAGGAAUUCAUGAAGGUGACCCAACCUGGAAAAAGAACUAUUCACUUUGGCCGUGGGGGUCUUGUGACAAAUUAGUUCCUUCAGAGAUUGUAUUCAACCCUGAGGAAUGGAUUAAACUCACAAGAAAUAUCUACAACUGGACUGAAGAAUAUGGAAGGUUUGAUCCAUCUUCUUGGGAAUCUGUGGCCAAUGAAGAGAUGUGGCAAGCAAGGAUGAAAACACCGUUCUUCAUCUUCAGCCUGGCAGAAACUACUGAUAUGCCUUCAAAGGUGAAAACUCAGCUCUACUCUCAUGCAUAUAAGCUUUAUAAGGAGAUUGUCUAUUUACAAAAGGAACACCCAGUGAAUUGGCACAAGAACUACGCCCUCGCUUGUGAGCGGAUGCUUCGUCUUCAGGAGAGAGACAUAGACGCUGAAGUCCUGUUGUCUGAAACCAUCAGACAUUUCCGUCUAUAUACUCAGAAAGCACAGAAUGAUCCCCAGCUAGCUGAUAUUUUAGUUGCUCUCAAGCACUUAAGAAAAGAACUGCAAGGUCUGAGAAAUAUGAAAAAUGUGUGAUACAGCAAAAUGGGAAAAACCUGCUCAACUUUCAGCUUCCAAAAUUCUGAAGUCCAAAAGUUUUCCUUCAAGAAAACUGCAUAAGAAAUGGAAAACUUAGUGAUUUUUCAGAUCCAAGUAAUAAUGGUACAACAAUAUUGCUUAAUGAAUGUUUAAUUAUUGAGAUGUGUGCUAUUUAUGCAAAAUUAUAUUUAUCCCUUGUUACCAAAUUAGCAUAUCCAUGAGAAGCUUUUGAAAAUUUUUUUCAAAAAUCUUCAACAACCUUAUACCAAACGACUGUACUUGAUUCAGUGAAAUUCUAGAAGAUAAUGAACUACUUUCAUAGACCUAAAAUAUCAACCAUGAAUCUUUAAAGGGCCAUGUUUGUCUAUUCAUACCAGACCAAAGACAUUUUCUGUUUUCUGAAAAUGAAAUAGUUUUUUUAAAGGAAUGGAUCUCUCUAUGCUCUAAAUUACAAUUCCUUUUUCUUUAAGUAACUAUGGUUGUUGUGUAAUCAUAUUACAAGCUACACAGCAAGUAGGUAUAUUUUGAGAAACCUUUGAGUUUUAUUGUUAUAAGACAAUAGUUUUCUGAAAUCACGAAUUUGAGUUAAUUUAGUGUUUGCUUAUUUCAGUUACAGAAACCAAAUGGCAAGUAAAAAGGAUUUUACAUUUACAUAAUUAAUUUUAUAUUUAUGUUUUACUUCUAUUUGUACUUACAGAUAUAGGCCCAAUAAUUAGGGGUUCCUGCUGCCCAAUGCAGGGGGGAAUAAAAAGGUUAGGGAUUGGUUUAGGGGGAUGGGAAAGUUCAAUAAAUUCAUUUCUGUUACAAGCAUCUUUUAUACAUAUUACUAAAGAGAACAGAGUAAGAAAUGCAAAUAAUAGUUCUUUAUUUUAUUAUGACAGUUAAUUAAUAGCAACCUGUUUUAAUGAAUAAAGUCACUCAGAGUCCUUCAGCACUUCCUAAGUAGAGGCCAGAAUCUGUAGGGAUUCUUUUCCCCCCAAUUGUAGAGCUCCUAGACUCCAAGCACUAUAUAGGCCCCUGUAUAGAAAUGCUCACUAAUGAAGAGGGAGGGCUAGAAGCUUGUCUGCAUUCAAAGAUCACUGGUGAGUCAUUCAGCAAGAAAAGGCCCCUUACCAGGAAUAGUCACAGUUCCGUGGCAUUGUACUAGCAAAAGGGUCUGAUCAAAGGUCUCCUGUGGAGCUUGCAUGGUUCCCUUUCAUACUACGACCAUAAUUAAAACCACUAAUUCUCUUUUAAAAUGCUGCAGGAUGCCAUGUAGGCAUCUGUCUGGAGUGUCCUUUGUGAUGUCAUAAGCUGUUAAGGACCAGCGCCGAGGGCUUUUGAGCGAAAUGCCAGUCAUGAAGGUGCUUCAAGACAAGGGUGCCUCUAAAAGCUUGACAGGGCCUUGACUGCACAAUUCGAGCUGAAUUUGCCCCUUGUCAGCUGCCAGUAAAUAAAUCUCAAAGGGGGAAAAGCUGAAGUUUCAUUACCUGAUCCAUGGGGCUUUGUUGGUUUUGGCAUCACACAGGGGAAGCUCUUGCCCCGCCAUUCUCUGGAUUUGAAGAUGUCCAUUGGAGCCUGCAGUGCCUGGACAGGGUUCAGAGCGGAACCUUUUGAAGAGUGUCAAUAGUUGUAACAGUUCAGCUGUUAGGAAGACAAAUAAAUGGAGGAGCUCAUUAAUCCUCUUUUGGCUCUCAGUGCCUUUUGCCCUUUUAUCACAGCCUUAUUAGGCUCCUACUCAUCUUGAACCAGAAAAAAAUGAAUUGAAGUUGUUGAGUACUAAUUGGCAAAGACUUUUAAUCAUGGGCCAAGAACUUUCACUGACUUGAAAGUAACUUCUCCACAGGGAAGAGCCAAAAACCUGGUUUACCUUAAAACAAAAACCUGUUGGAGUUCAGUGUGGUGUAAAAAUUUAGGGAAGCACUGAUAAAUUGUGUAAGUUUAUCCACCUGAAAGAAAUUAUAUAAGAUUAUGAUUUUCAAUUUUAAGGGGGAAAAGUAUAAAAAAAUGCAUUGUCUUUUUUGGUUCAGAAAAGGGACUGCAUGCCUAGUGCAGUGACUGUUUGCUUCUGAGCAUCUUCACAUAAGUAUGAAUGUUCAUCUGAGCAGCUACCAACAGAUCAUGUUGGAGAAACCUUAUUAAAAGUUAUAUUCUAUAAAUAACCUUGAGAGUAGCAGUGAAGACAUAUUUUUGAUAAUACAUAUAUAUGUAACUCUGUACUAAUAUGUUUCAUUAAUUGUUGAAUCAUACACAGAUUAUUCUGUAUUUGUGGAGCAGGAGUUUUGGACCACUUUUGCUUUGAGAAUGCAAUAAUAUAUGGCCCAAAGUAGAUAGAAUCAUGAUUAUUUAAAACUCUAAAAAACCAUUGGUAAGUGUAAAAAAUGUAAACUGAGCUGAGAUCUAGGGAUGUUGGACUUCAUUUCCAGAUCAACUACACUGAAGAAUUCUUUCCUGUCUAUUGUGUGAGUCUGAACAAGUGGCUUUUUUUUUUCCUUAACUUUCCUUGGGUAGUGCACAACACCAUAAAAUCUGGUAGAAUGGGUUUCUUUUAGUGUAACCCCUGCCCCAUAUUGAAGAGGAUGUGAAGGAGAUGGCUUCUCAUGCAGGAUUUGGCCGGCAUUCUCUAGAAGUGUCCCAGGAGUGCUGUGGGUUGGCAGGAUGACAGGAACCCCACAAGGCCAACUUCUGCCUGGACUUUGGCCUGAAGAGCAAGUGGGAGCCAGCAAAACUGUCUGCCUCUCCACAUGCUGCAGCGCUCUUCUGCCUGGCACCAAGGCUGUCACACACCAGAGGGCAAGUGGAGAGAAGGACAUUGUGGCUUCCGUGCUGCCUGAUAACCUACCAAGUGUGUUCGACUCCCCAUCCUUUCCUGUUCCCUCUGGUGGGAGUAUGCAUGGUUCUUGUUCUCUUUCCUUUUUUCUUUGUUUUUUCAAAAGAAUCCAUUUUUUUAAAAUACUUUUCUUCUAUUAGUCAAAAUGCAGCUAAAAUAGAAGGAAAUUGAUUGCUAGUGUACUAUUUUAAAAACUUACAAUAGAAAUUUUGAAGUGUUAUUUCUGCCCAUAUUCUUAGUGUUUUCCAAUAUGUAACCAUGAUGUUUAGCCUUUAUCAUAUUAAAGCCUAUUUGAGUGUUAAAAGUUAUUGUUAGGAUACCCUGCUAAUAACUUGAAGUCAUCAGGCUAGGAUAUGAAGAAUAGAUGUUUUAAUUCAUGUUUUAAAUGUUAAACAUUGUGAGUCUUUCAUCAUAAUUCUCAUCAAUAUCCUUCAGAAGUUAAUAAUUUAAUGCUUUUAAUAAUCAGAAAUUUUAAUAAAGAUUAUUAAAAAUGAA